CCAGAGUGUAUUCAACACACAGUACCAUCUUCCCCUAAAGUGAGGACGUGUUUCUGAACCAAAGGUCCAUCCCAGCUGUGUGGUCCAAACCAGGCAAUCCCCCAGGAUGAAUUCACUGCAGAUCGCCACAGCCAUCUUCGCUACCAUCAGCUUCGGGCUGCUUCUGGCCGCCGUGACCUCGGACUACUGGGUGGAGGCCAGUGACCACUCAGGCCUGUGGCAAGUUUGCCAGGGUUCUGUCUGUUAUUCCUAUGGGAUGGAAGUGGCUGGCUAUAUUCACGCCACCAGAGCCUUCAUGCUGAUGGCGACCAUUGCUGGCGCUGUCUCCUUCUUCAGUCUCUGGUCCUUGUUUCGCCAUCCCAACAUUGGAUCCUUCUCAUUGGCCAAGAUUGCAGCCAUAGCCAGCUUGGUGGCAGGUCUUUGUGCUCUGAUCGCCAUGUCCAUAUUCACAGGACGGGUGAAUCAUUCCCAUCGUCAUGGGAAAUACGGAUGGUCCUUUGGUGUGGGCUGGGCCUCGGUCCCUCUGUCCCUGUUAACUGGUGUGCUUGCUGUCCAAAUACACACUGGGAGAGACAUGUAAGCUUUGGAGGAAGACCGUUCAUCGUUGACAUGACAUCCAGAGCUGUGUUGGUAGUGCGGAAGACAGAAAGAGUCUGUAUGGGAGCAAGUUGUACCUGGACCAAUUUUCCCCCCUCUCUAAAGCACUAUUCAUUAUUGAAGGCGGAAGACUGGGUCUGAAUGUAGACUUGGAAGCCUCUCCAUUUUCUUUGCCCAUUCUCAUCCAUAAAAUACAUGAGCUCAUUUUUUUCCCUGAAUGAAUUUCUUCCCAUUAUUUGACUUCCAAGGGACGUGGAUUUGGCUGUGUAUUAGUUUCCAAAUUUGCUUCACAUUUUUUUGCAAAUAUUAUGACCACUUUGUUUUGUCCCUGUCUGUUUUCCACUUUCCAAGACUCCUGCAUGACUCUCGUGUUAUGCUUUUAUCGGGUGGUUGGGAUGACAAAGGUGGUGAGGAUUAUAAAAUAGUAGAAACAAAACCCAUUGUGCA